AUGGCGGACCGCUGCUGGGAAUGCAAGCGACGUAAGAUGAAAUGCGUUUUUGAUAGACCCGAUGACGCAGUCUGCGUUGGCUGUCAUAGACACUGGACCAAAUGCUGUGUCCUUUGGACAAUCGCCAGCUACGGGAUCGCCUACGACGAGUGGAGUCUCAACUUUGACCAAGUUCUUGCGGCUGACGGCCCGAACCGACCGGGCCACGGCAUCCCAACCCUGAAACAUCCUCCCCAUCUCAAUCUCGACAAGCUUUCAUUCUAUGUCCAUGCUAGCGCUUCUGGGCCAAAUUCAUUGUUUCGGACUCUCUUCAAUUGCUCGUUCUCGCGGCAAGAUACCGCCAGGAUCUACAAGGCCAGGGUUAGCCACCAUUCAAUUCUAUUCCAUGAAGUCCUGAAAACCCCAUACGGUAUUCACGAACGUGAUGGCAUUCACGUGCACCCGGUUCUGAUAGCACGUCACAUGCUGCAUCUAAUCAGCUUCCUCCAGCACCUGCACCCAGAUCUUCACGAAAAACUUUGGGGUCUCUCAGAGCCAUCACAAGGCAUACACGAACUACUACCAGACAAAGCGAUCAAUUCGGUGACCACAAGCGACAGCUUAGAGGGCAGCAUUGAGUUUCUAGAAUGUGUUAUGCUCGAGAGCCUGUAUCAAGCUAAUUGCGGACACCUAUGA